AUGGAAAACGAAAAUACGAACGCCAACACAAACAAUUCGUUAACCUCGAACAACUAUCCAGCCUUUGCGACCGUUAAUCGUGUUACUGUCAAAGUGCCGCCAUUUUGGAAGAUCGAUCCGGCAAUAUGGUCUGCACAGGUAGAGGCACAAUUCCAUUUAGGUGGAAUUACGAACGAUUUGACAAAAUAUAACCAUAUAGUAGGUGCAGUUGACACUGAAAUAUUAUCACAGGUGUCUGACAUCAUUCAAAAACCCCCGGAUACCGACAGAUAUAAUCUUUGA